GCAGACCAGAUGAGAAGAUAGAAAUCAGUGUGUCUGUGCCGUCUUUCAUCUUGUACAUCCACGCUCCUCUGUGGUGCUGAUCUACCAGCUCAGGAUUCCCUUAAACAAGUUUAUGAGAGGCUUUUGGUGAACAUGAACAUCCUGCAAGUCCUUGGCAUCCUGCAGCUGGUUGUUCCUGCUUUUACAGUGACACAGCCGGUAAAUGACUACUGGGGAGAGUUUGGGCCCUAUGGCCCUUGCAGUCGAACCUGCGGCACCGGAGUGGCAAUGAGAACCAGGAAAUGUAUUACUUCAAGGACAGAUGGAGGACACAACUGUGUAGGAUCCUCCAAAUCAUUCCUCACCUGUAAUACUCAUGCCUGCCCCGUUGGAUCAAGAGACUUCAGAGAGGAACAAUGUUCAGAGUUUGACAGAAUGGACUUUCAAGGAAAACGACACACAUGGGUGCCUUAUUAUGGAGCUUCUAAUCCAUGUGAGCUAAACUGCGUACCAAGGGGACAAAACUUCUUCUACCGCCACAGGCUCACAGUGAUGGAUGGGACCCCAUGCUAUGUGGGACGCACUGAUAUCUGUGUGGAUGGAGUUUGUCGGCUAUUGGACCAUAGAGAGUUUAUGGGUUUGGAUAACGACACAGUCUCUGUCCACUCCUCUGCUCCUGUCGCUGUUUCCCCCCAUCCAAGAGACACACGCACAUACAUCUACAGGGCCGGGGUCUACGGGGAGUGCUCUGCCACCUGCGACAGAGGCAUGCAGUACCGCAGCGUGGACUGUUGGGUCCAGGACCCGUCAAACCCCCAUGUGGUCGAUGAGUCUUACUGCAUCACUCAGCGCCUGCAGAGGCCACAGAGUCAGCAGGCGUGCAACAUGCAUCCAUGUGCUGCAGCAAAGUUCAGCGUCUCCAGCUUCAGUGUGUGUUCAGUGACCUGUGGGGAAGGGCAGCAGACGAGGGAGGUGGUCUGUGUGGGAGCGAGAGGGGAACACCUGCCUGACCACGCCUGCAGAGGACUGGCCAGACCUGCUUCUGUCCAGACCUGCCGCAGACCUGCCUGUCACACACACAUUUCCUGGCACGUGACAGAGUUUGGACUUUGCUCUAGAAGCUGUGAAGGUGGUGUGAGGGAGAGGAAGGUCGGCUGUUUUGAUGCAGAUCUGAAUCCCUUCUCUGAGGAUCAAUGUGGAUUUGACAGCAGACCCACAUCUGUCGAAACAUGCAAUGCACAGCCGUGUAACAGACCACAAACGGUUCUAAGCAUCCAGGACUCAGGGGCUGGUAGAGGUACCAUAAGGUUUGUGCCCCAUGUUCCAGGGGAACAGUCAGGUCACCCUUGUGUGCAGUCACUGUAUGGAUGCUGUCCUGAUGGUCACACACCUGCAACUGGACCCAGGAACCAGGGCUGCACACAAGAUGACUGUGUUCGUAGCAGAUAUGGCUGUUGUUUAGAUGGAGUGACACCAGCUCGAGGGUUUGGAAUGGCUGGAUGUCCUGAGUAUCAAACACCUGGGGGUUAUGACAGCAGUCCAAGAGAGAUGCUUACGUACAUCUACAGGGCUGGAGUCUACAGCGAGUGCUCUGCCUCUUGCGAUGGAGGUGUGCAGUACCGCAGCGUGGAGUGUUUGGUUCAGGACCCAUCAAACCCCAGAGUGGUGGACGAGUCCUACUGCGUCGCCCUCCGACUACAGAGGCCAGUCAGUCAGCAGCCUUGCAACAGACACCCCUGUGCUGCUGCAGAGUACAGCGUUUCCAGCUUCAGUGUGUGUUCAGUGACCUGUGGUGAAGGGCAGCAGACGAGGGAGGUGGUCUGUGUGGGAGCGAGAGGAGAACACCUGCCUGACCACGCCUGCAGAGGACUGGCCAGACCUGCUUCUGUCCAGACCUGCCGCAGACCUGCUUGUCACACGCACAUUUCCUGGCAUGUGACAGAGUUUGCACUUUGCACCAGGAGCUGUGGUGGAGGGGUGAGAGAGAGGAAGGUUGGCUGCUUUGAUACAGAUCUCAAUCCCUACCCAGAGGAACGAUGUGGAGCAGCUAGUAGACCUCUUUCUGUAGACUCAUGCAACAUACAACCCUGUCCAGGAGUACAAACGGUUCCAAGUGUUCAAAAUCCAGAGGCCGGAGAAAGCCCAAGAAGAUUUGUGCCACAUGUUCCAGGAGAUCAUUCAGUUCCAAGGCCAGACACAUACAGUGAGCGGGGUCCCUAUCCUCCUGUGUACGGUCCCCACUGUGCUCAGUCGUUGUAUGGCUGCUGUCCUGAUGGCCACACCUCUGCAACUGGACCUAGGAGCCAGGGCUGCCCACAACAUGACUGUGCUCAGAGCAGAUAUGGCUGUUGUUUGGAUGGCGUGACUCCAGCUCCAGGAGUUGGAAGGGCCGGAUGUCCCGAGUUUCAAACAACUGAGCUGCAUCCAUCUCGCCCUGCUGAUCCUUCCGGCGGGAACGUUUGCCUUCUGCCCCGUGAUGAAGGUCCAUGUGACAACUGGAUGGUUCGGUUCGUGUAUGACUACAGCACUGGCAAAUGCAAGGAGUUCUGGUACGGAGGCUGCCAUGGCAAUGCCAACAACUACAGGUCAAUGGAAGCUUGCAGAAGGGAGUGCGAGGACGUUUCGAGAGGGCCUGCACCUGCCAGGAGGACGUCGAGAAGAGGGUCACUUGGAAGCAUUGCAAGGGCAAGGGCUCAGGUCUCACGUCUUCAGCGUACAGAAUAGAAAAAGAAUUGUAAGAUACAAUAAAUAUACUCUUAUGUAGAGAUUAUUUUAUACUAAUUUGAAGAGAUUGUAAAUCAUGACAAUAUUUUUCAAAGAAAUACCGCACAAUUUCAUUGUUCCGAUCAAUAUUUUCAAAUGAAAAUGCUUCUUGAAGUCUUUAGAACUGUUUCUGAAAAUAAUAAAAGUAAAAUGAAAAUAAAACUGUUCAUUCAAAAUAGAAAAGCUUGCUAUUCUACAAACCCAGUUAUUGGCUUGUAAGCUCAAUACUAUUUUUAUUUUUUAGGUUCUUUUCUUCCCUUCAGUUUUAAAUAUGUCUGUUCUACCUAAUACUGGAAUAUCUGGAUGGACAGGAUUUUGUUCAUAUGCCACUUGAAGAAAAUUGUCUAACUCUAUAUGUCAAAUCAACAGAAGAUUUUAUCACAAUAAAUUAUAUACUUACAAAUCUUUGUCCUGAUUUUACAUUUAAUUUGUUUUCUUCUGCAAAUGUCUUUGUGAUGUUGAUUGGUCAUUGACAUACCAUAAAACUGUGAGUAGGCCCAAUCAAUAAAGUGUUAUUUGAUCCUCCUGCAA